UUUUCUGGGCCCAGAAAAACCCCGCGCUGAAUGGAGAGAAUCUGUAGUAAAUAGAAUAUCAACUCCAUAACUCCACCGAUAAGAGGGUGAUAAUUGAAGUGAACAUUCAAGCUCCACAUCAUCCCCUCGGUCUCAUAGAAACCACAAAAGAGUCCAAAAGUCCACACCGUAUCUUUCAAGCUCAUCCACCAUGGGCAAGAAGAACAAGAAGUCCGCCGAGCACAAGGAGCGUGUAGCAGCAAAACAGAACAAGAAGGCUGCUCAGAAGGAGAAGAAGGGCAAAGGCAAGAACAAGGAUGCCGACAGUGAUGUCGAAGAUGCCGACUUGGACGCCAUCCUUGCGCAAUAUGCUGAGGAACAAGCGAAGUUCAUGAAGGUCACUGAGGUUGUGGGAGGACCGCCGACACCUCGGUCAUCUGCAACUGUUCUGGCUUCUCCUUCCAAUCGCAAUGAACUGCUGGUCUUUGGUGGAGAGUACUUUGAUGGAAAUCUUGCCACUUUCUUCAAUAACCUCUUCGUCUACAAUAUCGACCGCGCGGAGUGGAGGGAAGUCACCAGUCCUAAUAGUCCACUCCCUCGCAGUGGACAUGCUUGGUGUCGUGGUGGCAACACGGGAGGUGUCUACCUGUUCGGUGGAGAGUUCUCUUCCCCCAAGCAGGGUACCUUCUAUCACUACAACGACUUCUGGCACCUUGAUCCCUCGACAAGGGAAUGGACCCGUCUGGAUUCCAAGGGCAAGGGUCCCCCGGCCAGAAGUGGUCACAGAAUGACUUACUACAAGAACUACAUUAUCCUCUUUGGUGGAUUCCAGGACACCUCGCAACAAACCAAGUAUCUCCAAGACAUGUGGAUCUACGACUGCUCCAAGUACACAUGGUUCAACCCCACGCUCCCAACCGCAUCCCAGAAGCCCGAUCCCCGGUCUUCUUUCUCCUUCCUGCCGCACGAAAGCGGUGCCGUUCUCUACGGUGGAUACUCCCGUGUGAAAGCGGCCACAGGAAUCAACGGCAAGCCCGUCAAGGGUGGUCCUCAGCGCAUGACCAUGAAGCCCAUGGUGCACCAGGACACCUGGUUCCUCCGGGUUACUCCCCCGGGCCCUGAAGCUCCUGCCAACGCUGCGCCCACCGUCCGCUGGGAGCGCCGGAAGAAGCCCGCCAACUCUCCCAACCCUCCCCGUGCCGGUGCUACGAUGGCAUAUCACAAGGGACGUGGUAUCAUGUUCGGUGGUGUCCACGAUGUCGAAUUGAGUGAGGAAGGCAUUGACAGUGAAUUCUUCGACACCAUGUUCGCCUGGAACACCGACCGGAACCGUUUCUUCCCCUUGACGCUCCGCCGGCCCAGAGCGCCAGGCAAGAAGCAGCUCGCUAACCAGAUGAAGUCUAAGGACCGCAGUAAGGCUGAUGAGGAGGAGCUUCUGCAGAAUUUGAAGGCGCUUGAGGCUAAGAAGGGUAUUCGCCGCGAGGAGGACGAUGACCUGCAGCCGGAGACACCCAAGGAAGAAGAGCCUGAGGAGCCAGCGAAGCCUGCGAUCGUGCGCUUCGAGAUGCCUCACCAGCGAUUCAACGCGCAAUUGGCCGUUCAAGAUGAUACCUUGUACAUCUUUGGCGGUACUUUCGAGAAGGGAGAUCGGGAAUUCACUUUCAACGACAUGUACUCGAUUGAUCUCGUCAAGCUCGAUGGCGUCAAGGAGAUCUUCUACAACGAGCCCGCCAACUGGCACCUUCUCAACGAAGCAGACAGCGACGAAGAGAUGGAUGACGAUGAAGAGGAGGAUCUCGAAGACGAGGAGGAAGAGGAGGACGCGAUGUCGCUGGACACUGGUUCUCCUGCCCCCACGGAAGUAACCGUGCCUUCUGUCACCCAGGAGAUGGAGAACCUGGAAGUGGAGGAGCAAGAGGGUGAGCCAUCUGUGCAGGACAGCAGACCUCUGCCUCGUCCGUUUGAAAGUUUGCGUGACUACUUUAGCCGCACAGGCGAGGACUGGCAGCGUAUCCUGUUGGAGACAUUGAAAGAGAAGGGCAUCGCCACGGAGAAGAACAUCAAGGAGCUGCGGAAGGAUGCAUUUAACAUGGCGGAAGAGAAGUGGUGGGAUAGCAGAGAAGAAGUCAUGGCUCUGGAGGAUGAGCAGGAAGAAGCUGGUAUUGGAGAGGUUGUUAGCAUUGCUGAUCGGGGUGACAAUGUUGGCGGUGCUGGAAGACGCAGGUGAUAAACAUAUACCUUGGAUAGUUAGAUUAAAACGUUUU